AUGGAAUCACCUAACGAUAUGUAUCUCACUGUAGAUUUUCACUACAAUGGAAUGUUUGCACCAAACCCAUUAGUAUACUUAGACCGUAUGAGAAUGUUAGUUCGUGAUGUGGAUUUUGGUGGCAUGAAAUAUAGAGAAUUUAUGUUAUGGGUUUCAAAGCUGACAAGACGAAGAUGUGAUAAUUUGUAUUAUUAUAGUAGUCAUGAAAGAUUGGCAGAGGGUAUUAGAGGAAUCGACAGUGAUGUUGAUUAUUUUGAGUUUAUUGAAGAUGGUUACAUUGCUAAGAACGAGCUAAGAAUGGAUGUCUAUAUUGACCACCAAAACGAACCUAUUCUUGACUAG